CGCAUUCGCCGGCGAGCGCUCGCUGAGAGUGGAGAGCGUGGUACACGGAGGAGACGCGCGUUUUACUCUCUGUCUCUCUCUUUCGCGUGCACGCACGACCCAUUCGUUCUCCCUUGCCGUCAAGUGCACGCUUCGCGCGCGGUGCAUUCGUCGUUCCGUUGCCCGAAAUUCGCUUCGUAAGCAUCGUGAGCGAGUCGCGAGUCCCUCCACCGGAAGGCUGCACUCUUUUUUUAGCGAGGGAUUUCGGAGUUGUGUGCUCCGGCGGUUGUGUAUUCCUUUCGGGAUCAUCGUGUCGUUCUCGAGUGUGAGCUAACGUGCUCGACGCAGUACGAAUCUCGAGAGUACCGAGAUGUGAUCCAGGAAUUAUAAUCGAAUCGAGCAGUGCCUGACGAGCAGCUAGUAGCGGCUCGUUUCUCACGAUCAGUGUCGUCGCAUUCUGAACUUUUAAACAUUUAUCUCGCCUCGGUAGCACAGCUGCAACUGACGAGUUGUAGUCUGUUCGGCGAAUUACAGUAGCCAGAUUCCGAUUGUCAUUGCACAAGUGUCGCAACCGUUGAGGUACCAGCGUAGCGUCGCGGGACGAGCGAGUCGGGCUCGAAAGCUGCUCUUUCUUCCGAGGUGCGAACGAGGGAACCAGCCAUCACACAAGGAGGCACGAGCGGGCUAUCCGGCUCGAUAUCCGGUGAAAUAAAAAGCAGCGGAGGGACGAAGGAAAACGGGAACCGGCAAGGAAGAAGAGGAAGCGGACGCUUCCUACAUGCUCUUGUGUCAUAAACAGAGGCUGAGAGAUAGUUAAUUAGCGUGCAAAGCAAUGAGAUAUUGACGCUCAUUAGGAAAGAGAGAGAACGAGUUGACAGUCGCGGAUCACGGCUGAAAUUCUCGGUGUCCAACUGUAAAAAUAAAUAUCGCGAGUUGCAUCGUAUUGGCAUCGUCGCUGUCUUGAAUACAAUUGAAUUGUAAGUGGAGCGUAAUUGAUCGAUGUACAUUUGAUGUAAUUAUCAAUUGCACGAGAAACCAUAUCAUCCAUAGCGUAGUGCUCUUCCUUUGAUAGUCCUUUGUUGGCGGGACAGAAAGACGAGACGAACGAACGAAACUGCGUCGGGUGGGACUGCGUCGUUGUGAUUGUCUUUGAGAUUCUGAUAAGAUAGCGGCAAUCGCGUCCGCAAAUAAAUAUCGCCUUCCGAGCGCUCGACGAGAAGACAGCUUUGCGAUCCCUAGACGAAGGACGUGAGGUGGCAAUUGCAACGAAUGGCGGCUGUUUCACGCAAUCCUCGAUCCGAUUCAAAUCCGCGGUUCUCAAUGUGAAUCACUGCAGCACGGAGUUUCGCAAGAUCGACAUCGUCGUCGUCGUCGUCGCGUGGCUGAAAAAGGGGCUGUGUUACUCAACGAGUUUUAUCGCGCCAUUAAAGUUCUCGCACAGGGAAUAGCUCGAGCAUACCGGACUACUGGCGCUGUGGUUACAUUCGCUCGUCAGUUGGAGAACGUUGACUAGCCGUUCACAUCACAAUUUUUAUGAAUCCAUUGAGAAUUAAUAAAUCAAUUAGUUGAUGGUUAUUUCAUCCUUGAAGCAAAUGUCUGGCCGAAGUGGACACCAAGGAAGAUCAGCUUCACCAUCAACGAUAGAUUGUGACUACUUUUAUCAACCUUUUAUUGUUUUGAAAAGAUCUUAAGUCGACAUUGCUCAUCAGUUCUGAGGUUUGAUCGCCGAGGAAUUAAAGAUUCAAACCGAUAACUAGUACAACGUACCAGCAAAACAACGAAGAAGUGGAGCCAAGUAUCGUUCGAGUUAUUAAGGACAAAAUUUAAUGAAACAUUGCUCAAUUUGAUGAUUCUUUACAUCACCGUGCCAUCGCGAAGAAGUGAUGACUUGAGAUGAUCGAUCCGCUGGUACAGCAAUAGUUCCGUAAGUGCAUUGCGACUGUCGCGAGGGCUCGGGAGGGACAUCGGCCCUUCCGCGUGCAUGAGUGGGUCAGUGUCUUGACGAGGACCUGGAUGUGCGUGCCGCGUAAAGUGCAAAGUGAUGUAAUUGGUGCAUCCGGCGCGCAGGCGAUGUGUGAUGCCAGCCCGAAUGACACUUAACCCACGCAGCUGAUGACAAACGUAAAUAGGAUCAAGGUGGUCGUCCUCGGCGGCCCCAGAGUCGGCAAGUCAGCCGUGGUUGUGCGGUACUUGACGAGGCGAUACAUUGGCGAGUACAGCUCGACCAGUGAUUUUCUCUAUCGACACAGCGUCACCAUUGAUAAUGUGACGACGGAGGUCGAGAUACUGGACACCUCCAGGUGCGAGGAGAAUGGUUGCCUGUACUCGCACAUACGAUGGGGCGAGGCCUUCGUCGUGGUGUACAGCGUGACAUGUAAGCGAAGUUUCCAGGAAGCUCGAGGGCUUCUCAAGCAACUCGCGGAUCUACGCCUGCCAUCCUAUUUCACCGCCCUCCUGCUCGGCAACAAGAGAGAUCUGGAUCAUGCCCGAGAGGUCUGCGUGGACGAGGGUCAGCAAUUGUCCCUGGCGCACGGAUGUCAAUUCUACGAGGUGAGCGCCGCGGAGAGUCCGGCGGGAGCAGCGUUAGCGUUUCAGGCGCUCCUACGGGAGGCGAGAUCAGUGCAGCUGUUGCGGGCGUUACCAAUCCGCAGGAAACUUGGGGUACACUCGGUCUCGAGGGUCCUAGGCACGAUUUUCGGCAAGAACACUACCAAGGAUCGCAAGAAGAGGCCGUCGUUGAGCAUAUGACGCCUCCUAUGCGCCCUCCUCCUCGGAGGACGAGAUGAGCCAGGCAGGAGGACCAACAUUGUCGUCCUCAGCAGCAACGUCUACUCAAAUCACUGACGAAGAAUCUCCUUUUUCGAUUUUGUGCCUUUUUGAAGAAGCCUCUGAAGAAGGGCCGCUGGGAUCGGAAAACCGUUCCCGAUCUCGGAAACGUUCUUCGACGAGAGGUGGUCCUUUAUCAAGCGUUUUAGAAGAAAAAGAAGCAUUCGUUAACGAAGUUUCCGAGGUUCUGAAGCAUUCGGGCUUGAAACUCCGAGGAUGUAAGACUGAUAUUCCAAUGUUGAGAACGAUCCGAGAUGCAAGUCUCUGAAAGCACGACGUGUGGACGUGUGGACUUGCGAAAGAUUCGAGGUUCUCCAAGAUCUGGCAGCGGAAAGAUCCAAACUCCGAGAGAAUUCCGUUCACCUGGAGGGCGAAAUCAUCUUUUUGAAGAGAAUUGUUGUGAAUACCAACGGAAGGUGUUCACGUGGUGUCCGCGUGUGAUCCUGCUUUCAAUGACGUAGGACUCUCGCGAAGCGAAUCAACGCGGGACUCUGAGAUUGUUGAGGGUGUGUAAAGGUACUUUUCUUUUUUGAGAUAUCACGAUGACAUUUCACAGUGACAUUACAAGUGACUGGCAAGUUGUUCCUGAACGGCGUAGUUCUUAAGACGAUUGACGUGGAGAACGAUCUUCCGGUUGUGAAGCGCCUCGCAACCGGAUCCGCGAGUGCAAAUUUCGUAAUUUCAGAUAAACAUAACGCUUCCACAUCACUCGAUGAUCUAAGUUAUUACGUCAUUAACCCUAAACAGUAUAAGUGUUAAUUGAUAUUUAUACAUUACCCUGAUUUACGGUUUACACGCGCUUUGACAUUUUCUCAGAGCGAUUAUUUCUUUUAUUAAUUGUAAUUCCAAAACUAAAUAUUUUUCUCUCGCAAGCGAAAUACUGUAUACUGUUUAGGGUUUACAUCUUUUUUUUUUCUUUCGAUGCUCUCGAACGAAACCCGUGAGUCUUUCAAAUUUCGAUGUUUCCACCAAGUGGAAGAGAUCGCGAUUCGAUUCGAUUUCCUGCCUAUUGCCUUAAUUGUUUCUUGAAGGCCACAAGCGGCUCGUUGACAGCAAGUUGACACCUUCAUCGCCAGGCGUGAUUGAUUCGAUGACUUUAAUGUUCCUAAAACAAGUAGCCUAAGUGUAAAUAACGCACACGUUCGCUUAUCAUAUUUUGGAGAGUCUCGGAGACUUGAGUAAUCGUUAAGAUUUUACGUACGAGAGGAAAAGAAUAACAAGCGCGAGUAUCUGAAUAUUGAACCUAUUAAAAGCUGUUGUUGUUUGUAUUGUUGGACAACCAAGAAUAAUUAACCAAAACAAUAUAACAAUCAUGAAGAAAAUUCUACAGAUAAAUUAAAAAUUGUUUUAAUUUAUUUAAUCCUUUCUUCCUUUCACGCUUUUGUCACAAUUAAAAAUUUGUUCUUAAAUUUUGUGGACAAAAAGAGAUCAUAAAAGUUUAUACAGCUUUUAAUGGGUUAAAAAGAUAUUAAUGAUCGUUUGAGUGGCUGCCAUGUUGCGUUCGUCAAUGACGACUGACCAAUAAUCGCGGGUCUCGUCUACUCUAUCGUAGGAAAUGUUGGUCGUUUGCCUUUUCGCUAAGUUCUACAACCGCGCGCGACGUUUUGUAAAUCGUCUUUUUUUUUACGACAAGCAUAGAGACUACGAUCGACUUUGAGAUUCGCGUAGUUCGUAAACUCUUUCAGUGCCUUCGAAACGACGUUAAAGCCCGUUACAGCAUGCUUUCUUCUGCUAUCAGCUGGCGUACUUUUUGACGGGAGUCAAAAAAGAGAAGAAUAAACAACUGUACUUGCGUUUUUAAGGAAACGGAUAAUUUACGAACAGUAAAUUGCACGAUCCCUUUUUAGCACGCCAGUUUCUAGUGGAAGAAGAAUCGUGUGCGACGGGCUUCCUUGGCUGAGGCUUUCCUCGGAUGAAGAAAGCCUGAGCGAAGCGCGUAUCUCUCUUUUUCACGAUACAUUCCACUUGAAAUUAGCGUAUCUAAUGUGUGUGAGUGCGUAAUUCGAUUCCAGGCAGAUGUCGAUCGCUGUAUUCGAAGUGCUAGUCACUUGUUAUCGAGAGAAGAUAAUAAUAAAGAAGCGUCUUUUGUUAAA